AUCCAUGAGAUCUUCCUAGCUUUCACUGCUUUCUAAAGCAAAUCUGAAGCUGCACAUGUACCCCUCUCUCUCUCUCUCUCUCUCUCUCUCCUGUCCCUUUCACUGGAUCUGUCUUCCUAUCUCUGCUGCUUCUACACAACACCAUACCCACCCUUUGAACUGUGUGCAACCUUUCUUUCCCUCUGUUGCUUCUACCACAAGAUCUUAUCCCACCCCAGCUUAGGAACUAAGCUGAAAAAACAAAAAGGAAAAAAACUUAUUUGAGUUUUCUCUCUCAACGAAAAAAAAAUAAAUUCUGAGAAUUUUUUCUCUCUUGGAUAAAAAGCGACCAGUCUUUUCAACCAUGAUUCCCCAGCUUCUCAUAUCGUGGUGACUUUGCUUUUCAUCUUUUUCACCGUGACAUGUAAUAAGAUAAGCAUAUUAUAUAAUAAUAGUAACAAUGGAUUCCAAUACCCAUCAAAGUUAUCAACUGAACCAACCCUCAUCUGGGUUGCUUCGUUUUCGCUCUGCACCAACUUCGCUACUUUCAAAUCUCACACCUUCUGUCAGCAGCAACAGUUUCUGGGAAGGUUCUGAAUCGGAUAAAUUGAUUUCUAGAUUUGUGAGUAGUAGCAACGAUACUGUUGCUGUUGCUUCCACUAGCUUUGAAGAGAACAAGGAUUGUUCAAAGGCUUUGAGUGUCAUGAAUUCUCAGGGUUAUGGUGUUGGUGGGUUGCCACCUCACUAUCCGAGGCAUGGUUCUUCUGCUACGGAGGGUUCUUAUGGGAUGGUAGGGUCAAUGGGAAUGGAUCAUGAAACACCCCACAAGGGAUUUGGUUCAAGUCUUCUCAGGCAGAAUAGUUCCCCUGCUGGUCUUUUCUCCAACAUUACCUUUCAAAAUGGGUUUGCCACCAUGAAAGGUGUUGGAAACUUUUGUGGGGUGAAUGGAAGUAAUGAAGUUAAUCCUUGUAUUAAUAGAUUGAAUAAUCAUAUUAGCUUCUCUUCAAGAAGUGCUUCUUCCUUGGGAAUGUUAUCACAAAUCUCUGAAAUUGGGAGUGAGGAGAUUGAGGCAACUAGCCCUGAUGAUGAUAGGAGACAAAGAGGUAGCAAUGGUGAUGGUCAACAUUAUGGCCAUGGAUUCCCCUAUGGUUCUUGGAAUGACACUCCACAACUCUCAGAAAAUCUCAGUGGCUUGAAAAGAGGGAGAACUGGCAAUGAAAAGAUAUUUUCUGAUAUUCAGAAUGAAGAGCAAGGAAACCAAGUUAAUAUAUUAUCUCAUCACUUGAGUUUACCUAAAGCUUCAGCUGAUAUGAUUACUAUGGAGAAGUUGCUUCAGUUCCCUGAUUCUGUUCCUUGUAAAAUUAGAGCAAAGCGAGGCUGUGCUACUCAUCCUCGAAGUAUUGCUGAAAGGGAGAGAAGAACUCGGAUCAGUGAAAGAAUGAGAAAAUUACAAGAGCUUGUUCCUAACAUGGACAAGCAAACCAACACAGCAGACAUGUUGGACUUGGCUGUUGAAUACAUUAAAGAUCUUCAGAAACAAUUCAAGACUCUUAGUGAAAAACGGGCAAACUGCAAAUGUAUAAACUUGCAAAAGGCAGAUACACAUCAAAUUGCUUGAUAACAUUCCUUUAUGAGCAAUACUUAAAAGUAUGCAAAGAUGGCUUGGAUAGGGUGCUUUUAACUUUCAUGCUGAACAAUAAGUAGAAGGAAAGAUGCUAAUAUAGGAUGCUAUUAUAUCUCAAAGGCGACACUGAAUACUACUACUAGCUUGUAGCUCUUUACCACAAUAUCUAGGUUCUUUAAGCUAACGGGGUUUCAAUUACAGAAUCAAUAAAUCAAAUAGUAUAUUUGUAAUUUUGUAUAGUAGAGUCUUAGUAAUUGUUUUCCUUUUCAAGUAAUGUACUCUUUUUUUCUUACUUUUUAUAGUAUGUGAAAGUUUUAAACUUAGAUAGGAUAUAGAUGAAGUAUAUUUGUUGCUUGCGUCUCGUCAUUGAGUAUAAUAUAUAAAUAAAACUAUUAUGCAUGGCCAUUUUGCUAUUUUGAUGGAGAACAUAUAAAUUGUUUUGC